AUGAAACUCUCCGACGUUGGAUUAGACGUACUGAAGACACCGAGAUUGGUCAAAGUCAUCGCUUUCGCAUUCCUCUCAAUCUCUGCCAUUUUCCUCUUCAACCACUUCUCAGAUUCCUUCUCUUACCCAUCUCUUCCUUUCCCCAUCUCCUCCUCCUCAAACGCCGCCGAAACCAUUCUAACCGACAUAACAACAACCUCCGCCGCGGUAUCACCAUCUCCUCCGCCGCGUCCGCGUCUCAAAAUCUCUCCUCCACCGCUUCCACCGACAGUGGUUCGUACCGGAAUCAUCGACGAGAACGGCGCAAUGUCCGAUUCCUUCGAAAUCGGCGGAUUCGAUCCGGAUUCCGUCGAUGAGCUCAAAUCCACCACCGGAAACUCCGCUGCCGGGGAAAACAAACCGUCCGGAGAAGACGACGAUUCGAAAACUCCGAUUGAGAAAUUCAAUCUCUGCGACAAACGGAAAACAGAUCACAUCCCCUGCUUAGACAACGACGAAGCGAUCAAGAGACUGAACAACACCGAUCGAGGAGAAAACUACGAGAGACAUUGCCCUAAACAGACCCUAAAUUGCUUGAUUCCUCCUCCAGAUGGUUACAAGAAACCAAUCCCAUGGCCUCAAAGCAGAGACAAGGUAUGGUUCAACAAUGUGCCUCACACACGUUUAGUGGAAGAUAAAGGAGGUCAAAACUGGAUUAGAGUAGAGAAAGACAAGUUUGUUUUCCCAGGAGGUGGGACUCAAUUCAUACAUGGAGCUGAUCAGUACUUAGAUCAGAUCUCUCAGAUGAUUCCUGGGAUUACAUUUGGAGAACGCACACGUGUAGCCUUGGACAUUGGCUGUGGUGUAGCGAGCUUUGGUGCGUUUCUAAUGCAACGUAACACGACGACAUUGUCCGUAGCGCCGAAAGAUGUUCACGAGAAUCAGAUUCAGUUUGCUUUGGAGCGUGGUGUGCCUGCAAUGGUGGCUGUUUUCGCUACAAGGAGGUUGUUGUAUCCAAGCCAGGCUUUUGAGAUGGUCCAUUGUUCCAGAUGCAGAAUCAACUGGACACGAGAUGAUGGGAUACUUCUUCUGGAAGUGAAUAGAAUGCUGAGAGCAGGAGGGUACUUUGUUUGGGCUGCACAGCCUGUUUACAAGCAUGAAGACAACUUGCAAGAACAAUGGAAAGAAAUGGUUGACCUUACGAGUCAAAUCUGUUGGGAGCUUAUCAAGAAAGAGGGAUACAUCGCUGUGUGGAGGAAGCCUCUUAACAACAGCUGCUACAACAGACGUGGAGCUGGAGCAAAGCCUCCUUUGUGUAGACCUGAUGAUGAUCCUGAUGAUGUUUGGUAUGUGGAGAUGAAACCGUGUAUCACUCGGUUACCUGAGAAUGGCUACGGGGCUAAUGUCUCCACGUGGCCUGCACGUCUCCAUAAUCCGCCAGAGAGGCUACAGAGCAUUCAAAUGGACGCGUAUAUAUCCCGGAAGGAGAUCAUGAAGGCAGAGUCAAGAUUUUGGUUUGAAACAGUAGAGAGCUACGUGCGUGUGUUCCGAUGGAAAGAGUUUAAGCUAAGGAAUGUUCUUGACAUGAAAGCUGGCUUUGGAGGGUUUGCAGCAGCGUUAACCGAUCUCGGGCUUGACUGUUGGGUUAUGAACGUUGUUCCUGUUAGUGGAUUCAACACCUUGCCAGUUAUUUAUGACCGCGGGCUUGUAGGCGCUAUGCACGAUUGGUGUGAGCCAUUUGACACCUACCCAAGAACCUACGACUUAAUACAUGCUGCAUUUCUCUUCUCUGUUGAGAAGAAGAGGUGUAAUAUAACGAACAUUAUGCUGGAGAUGGACCGAAUGUUGAGACCAGGAGGACAUGUUUACAUAAGGGACUCACUGUCUUUGAUGGACAAACUUCAACAAGUGGCUAAAGCCAUUGGUUGGACAUCUGGAGUUCAUGAUACAGGAGAAGGACCACACGCGAGUGUUAGGAUUCUCAUCUGCGAUAAACGGAUGUGA